AUGUUGGAUUUGGAAGUAAAAGAUAUUUCGGAAAAAACAUUACCUAUACCAUCCAAGGAAGAGCAACCUAGCGGGAAAAUUUCUGUUGGAAGUGAUAAGAUAUCGAAUGGCGAAGUAGAUCAAAAUGCGAUCCCCGAUAAAUUAGGCGCCGCCAAAAUUAAUGAUGAAAGAUACGAUUACGUAAACAUAGAAAAUAAACAUUUAAACGAGGAUGAGGAAGAUAUCAAAUGGUACAAGUGCCCGUUUUCGGCUAAAAAGCAAGCCACGAUAUUUAAAUUAAGUCAAUGCCAACAAAAUAAUAAAGCUGAGAUUCCUGUUCCAGAAACGGACCUACUAGAUGGAGUAUACAGCAGAGCCGACAGUCUCGUUUUAAAAGAUUCGAGUAUUGUGAUGGUUAAUGAAAAUAACAGCCAUAAUGAAAUUAGUCUAAUAAAUAAGGACGAAUAUCCUAUUUUUAAAAAUGACAGCGAAAAUGUGUACUUCCUUCCUACCCAUCAAGAUGUUGUAAGCAGUAUUGACGAUCGUCACAUAGUCAACGAUAGGGCUGAAUUAGAUAUGGAGCCCUCUUGUAAUUCUAAAAUUCUAGAAGAAGCUGAUCAAGGUAAGAGAGGAAAUAGGCAUAUUGCCGAACCCUCGAGAGUUAUUCAUUUAAGGAAUGUGGCUGAUUCUACUUGCGAUUCGGAUCUCAUUUUUUUAGCCCUACCCUUUGGACGCGUUAGCAAUGUUUUGAUUUUGAAAGGCAAAAAACAAGCCCUUAUUGAAAUGGAGAGCAUAGAGGCAUCUAAGACCUUAAUCAAUCAUCUAUCACGUUUUGACGUAAAUAUGCGAGGUAGAAAAUUGGCUGCCCAAUAUUCCACUCACCGCCAAAUUAGACCAAGUCUAGCCAAUCCCGAUGAACUAACGUAUCCAAAGCAUCCGGCGAGUCAUGUUAUUUUAGAGGAUAAGCCCAGAACUAUGUCUGACUAUAUGAACGCUAUUCCUGGUCAACAACUAUCUACUAAUUAUUGCGGGGGCCAUACCAGUAAUGAUAUGAUAUACAAUAGAAGAUAUAAGACGGAGAACAUUCUAAACAAAAGAUUCGAAAGAAAUGGAAUGCAAUCCAUGGAAAAUACAAUCUUAAUGAAUGAAAUGAGGAAAGAAGCCAUAAUGACGAUAGAUGACACCAACAUUCAUUAUUAUGACAACGAUAAAAGGAGAAGGCGAUGGACUGAAGCCGUUUUAAAAGUCACCAUGUGUAAACGUGGUGGCAUAUGUCACGAUAAAGGAUUAACAGAUGGGGGUUAUUACUACCCAGUCAGCCCCGAUACAUUGAAACGCGUAUUCGGUGAAUUCGGUCGUGUGAGCCGUAUAGUGACUCAUUAUGACACCAGUGCUGGAGUUUCUAGUAGCGAGAAACGUUUCCGGUUUGCCACCGUUCAUUAUGGCGCUUUGGAAGAUGCGGACAAAACUAGCACAGUAUGCGAUUGGGCUAGAUCUGCUAGAGGUUCACUGGAUGGAUGCCCUGUUUAUAAUGGUUAUGCAGUUUUAAAGAUAGAUCCAUAUAACUCUCAAUCUGACUCUGAUUCCUCUUUCAUAACUACUUAUUCUAAAUCGGUAGGAGGGAGUUCUGCAGGCGAAGAAUUUGAGGAAAUAGAUGACAUAACUACCAAACCUGAAAUAACUUUAAAUGAAAUGGAUAAAGAUGGAAGAACAGCAAAUAUAAUGAUUGACAAAUCUCAAGCCAAGGUUAUAGUGACCGGAAGUCUCGAUAGGAAAGCGAAAAAACCUAUAAAUCAAAAUAUGAAUAAAAAAUAUACUGGGAAUCAUCGUGUAAGGGAAGUGUACAACUUUGAAAUGGGAGAAAAUAUUGAUAGGGCAUUGGCUAAUGAAGAAGCCGAGGAAGAUUAUGCCGAUUUUAAUAUAGGAGAAAAUAGCAAGCAAUGUCAUUAUAGAUCAACUAAAUUUGAAAAUGUUUCUCGAUUCAAUCCUUUCCGACAGCCGGAAAUGUCCGAAUUUUCAAAUAGGCCUAAAUUUGACACCAAAAUGGCUGCUGAUCAAUCUUCCGGGGACAAUGGGAAACGUUAUAAUCAUGACGAUUAUGUAAACCCUGGCACAGUGAAUAAGAACUUGCGAUGUGGGGGUACUACUAUUAGGCCAGUUACUACAGUAAAAGUCAAUGAUACCGUCCAUUAUCUCGAUACUCUUAGCAACUAUUAUCCAUCAUUUCCACCUUAUGUAGAUGAAUAUUACCAAGAUGAAAAUCUUUAUCACCAACAGCAUAGUUCCUAUACUCCAAAACUUGAUGAUAGCUGCUUAAAGCCAAUGCUUGCUUCUGAACCUCGGUAUCAUACAAGCUCGCCCCAUAAUAACGAGGAAUACGAAACAGGCAGUCCCGUUUUACUAGUAAGUAAUCUUGGACCUGAACUGACCAUUCCAAGAAGAUUAUUUAACCUUUUUGGAGCCUUCGGCGAUGUCCAAAGGGUCAAGGUACUCUUCAACAAACGUGAUGCAGCACUAGUCCAGAUGAGGUCAGGGGCAGCUGCUCAAACGGCUCUAAGACAUCUCGAUAAAGUGACUGCUUUUGGCAGGGUCAUGCGUAUAACCCCAUCUAUAUUUGUUCAAGUGGAAGGGCCUUCUACAGCUGCUGAGUUAUCUCGUAGUCUUUCACGUGGAACGGAUACAUAUACCGGUGGAAUCCUAACGAGAGAUAAAAUCAUGUCACAAGCUUAUGAAAGUGCUGAAGAUAUAGAUAUGGAGGAAGAAGAGAGUAUAGAGGUUCUGCGACGAUGCUUAACUACUGCUCUAAACCCAAACUCUGUCAUACCCAACCAUCACCAUAAUAAAUACAAUUCUAAUCUUUCUAACCUAAAAUCCAACAACAUUCCCAACUCCACCGACUUAAUUACGGACUCGAAAGCCAAAAGUAAAACGAUUCGUUUGACGGAAGACUUUACUGAUAGUCCUUAUCAUCGAUUCAGAAAUGCGGGCUCCAAAAAUUGUAGAAAUAUUUAUCCGCCUUCCGCUACACUCCACGUUUCCAACAUACCUGAUUGGGCCGGGGAAUGUGACGUUAGGCCGAUUUUUGAAAAAGCUGGUUAUCCUAUGCAUCGAUUUUGGUUCUUACCAUGCAAUUCCGAAGAUCCGGGAAGCAAGAAAAUGGCUCUAGUAGAGCUGGAAUCAAGAGAAGCCGGCGUAGAAGCUCUUUCUCUAUUACAUAAUGCUAUAUUAGCCGACAAGUAUACUCUCAAGGUGUCGUUCGCGCGGCCAAGAUUUUUCUAAAAAUCAAUGAUUUA